GUGGAGAUCGAUACACCGACGACGGCGCCGCUCAUGUCCGCGCACGCCGUGGAGGAGCCUUCAAUGGCGGCGAGGGAGGCAGGAAAAGGAGCAAUAGACCGCGUCUUCAACCUCGACGAGUAUCUCUCGCAGAACCCGCCCGCCGCCCCUCAACAGUCCUCCACCUCGCAUCAGCCCCUCCCCCGCGCCGUCGGCGCCCGCAGCUCCAGGCACACCAUCCUCCUGCACGAGAAGUACCAGGCGCUCGCGAUUCCGCAGCCGGUAUUCAGCUUCUCGGGCGGCAGCGAGCUGGGCUGGGCCGGGAAGGUGGUUUUUCUGGACGAGGAGGUGCAUGAGGGGGGCCCGUUUAAUAGUAAGCAGGAGGCGAAGGAGGCGUUAAGCAAGCGGGCGUUGGCGGUGCUGGAGAGGUUGGAGAGGGAGGGGAAGGUGGCGAGGCCGGAGAAGGGGAAGAGACAGAAGGUAGCAGUGCAGGAGGUUGUGGAGAAAGAGAAGGAGAAGAAGGAGCAGGGGCCGAAUUAUGUGGGCCAGUUGCUUGAAUUCCAGCGCUCCACCUCCUCCCCGCAACCAACCUACACCGACUACCAACUCGGCUCCCACUUCUCCUGCCUGCUCACCCUCGACAACCACGCCGAACCAUUCGGCUCCACCACCGCGCUCUUCUCCUCCAAGAAAGCCGCCCGCCAAGACGCCGCCCGCUGCGCAGUCGAGCACUUCAAGGCCCUCGGCCUCUGGCCCGAAUCCUGCACUCCCCUCGGCGGCAUCAAGAAGAAGAAAAAACCAAACCCGCCGCCGCAGCUCCAACCCAGCCCGACCUCCCCAUCUCCAACCCCAACCUCAAGCCCCGGAAACCCCCCUCUCUCUCCGUCCGCGGACCCCACUCCCACUCCCACUUCCCCAGGAGCAAGCCCGGGAGCGUCAAGCUACGCCCAGCAAGUCGCGCAACUCGCCCUGCAGCUCUCCCUGCCCACCCCGCUCUGGCAGUACGUCUCCGACCCCGCCGCGCCGGGCUGCCAUACCGUGAGCUGCGUGUUUAAGAACGGCGGCGCGCACGAGGGCCCGCUGGGCGAGGCGCGGCAUAUCUUCGGCAAGAAGAAGGCGAAGGAGGAGUGUGCGCGGUUGACGCUGCGGUACUUGCAGGAGGUAAGGGAGAGGCGGGUGAGCUAUGGGAGGAGGAUGAUGGAGGGCGUUGGUGGUGGGGGCGAGGGUGUGGGGAAGGGGAAGGGGACGGAGGCGGAGGAGGGGCGCGGAGGGGAUGAGAUGCGGGGAGAAGAUGAGAUGGAUGGGGAGGCUGAGGGUGAGGAGUUUGAGGAUGCGCUGGAGGAGAUGGAUUCCAUAUAUGGGGAUGGGGAAGGUGAUGUUUAGGCGGGGAGUUGGGUGCGUGUGGAUAGGGGCGUUGACGGCCCUUUAGGACCCGAUUUCCGGGCGCUAAUGGGGGGAUGGGAGCUGGGUGUUGGAGGGUGAGGAUUCACAUGUGCUGGUGGUUUGGAUACGGUCUGCUUGCUUGCUUGCAUGGCAUGGCAUGGCAUGGCGUGGGAGUCUCUUUUGAUAUUAGCAAGACACGGCACGGCAUGGCAUGGCAUGAUGGAUAUUGGUAUUGGCAGACAUGGCAUGGUCAUACGUACCCCCUUAGAUCAUGAAUGAA